UGGGUUUUUCACCUUUCUGUGCCCAGCACCUUGUACUGCGCAGUAGACAUUAGUGGGUGGCGUGAACUCCAUCCCUGCCCUCCUCCCUCUUGGAGUUUGUCAAGCCAGGAGAUGGCUAGACCACCUGACUCCUGGAAAAAAUCUGUUGGUACCUACUGAUUUCUGAAUCUUCAGUACUUCUACAUCUAAGUUGGGGUAAAAGAAAUGUAUUGAGUGCAUUUUCUACUAAGGGCUUCACCAAGGGGUAGGUUUUGGAAAUAUAAAAGUGCAUAGGAAAUCCUUCCUCCAGUAGGCAGGACUCACAAUAAGGGAGACAGACACAACAAAAAUGACUCCUUUGGCUCAUGAUACAGUCUACAGUGGAAGGCUGGCACUCUUCAGGUUCAUGUGGUCCAGCAGGCAAGGGACCCAUCUGUUGUCAUCUCAGCCAAUCAGAGGAGCCUUGGGCAGAGCCUUCAAGGACACCACCUAGAAACAGGGCAGAGGGUAUCUGAUGCUGUGUGUUCAUUCAGAGCCAGAAAGAGAAAUGACUUGAGUUGACUUGUUCUACUUAGCCAAGUCAAUACCUCAGGUCAAACUGUUUGUAUAAUGUCUAUUAUCCUAUUAUUUCCAAUGAAAUGAUGGUUCCUCCAACCAUGUGAUUGGCAUCCACCAUGUUCAUUGUAGGAAUUGAGUAUACCUAGUUUUGACUCUGACCACCAGAUGAAAGCUGCUGCUCUCAUAAGGAUGGGCCUCAGGUUUGACUGAUGUCUCUUGGUUUGCCUGCUUCACAUUACUUUGUGAUGUUUUGUUUAAAACUGAGGCAUGUAGAUUGAACUGCAUUUUUUAAGUCAGUAACCAGUUCUGGGUAAUAUCCCUUAUGUUUGAAAAGUCUGGCUUCGUGUUGGAGAUUAACCAGCAUGAACAUAGUGGCCAGGUGUUCUAAUUCUGGCCUCUUAAAAUCUGUAUUUGGCCUCUUGAGUAAAUCCCUCUCACCAUCCUAUGCUGAUGUAUUAUGGAUCUGAUACUCAAUAUAAGAACCAGGGGUCCUUGUUCCUUUCAGAGUCCCUCAUCACCAUUAUAAAGCUGGUUGAUUUCUCAAAAGAUGAUCCAGUUCUUGGCCUUUAGGAAAGACUCAUCCCUGCUGUCGAGAUGAGUUGAUGUGACUUUUCCAUGUUGAAGAGGUAGAGCAAGAGUAGCACAUGGGUCCUUGCCCUCCGAAGACUGACCUAUUUGCUGCUGGCAUUGCCUCUGAGGACUGCAGGAGGUGACUGUAGAAAAAAAAAAAGUUUUAAUUAAAAAUAAAUCGUUAGGAUUUUUAUUUUACAUUUCUGUGUUUACAUCUUCUCUCACUGGCAUUUACCUUGAUGCUAACCACAAUGCCUGCAGUAUGUCAGGGCAGACGAUGCUUGUUGUCAUGGCCUCCGCUGACUUCCUGUACCACCUGCUGCUUACCCAGCAUCCCUCUCUUUUUAUUUCUUCCCGUUUUCCCCCAUGUCUACUGCUAAUUCUGUUUCUUUAAAACCUGUUGUAAAAAGCCUUGAGCCAACUUGGCUACUCAAAUAUUAGUUUUAUGAAGGGGAAGAAAUUAGCUGGCAAAAAUAUUUUAAAGAAAUAAUUCAUAGAAUUGUUUCAGCAUACUCAUCCUGAUGUGUUAGGGGGCCAAAAGUCAGAGCAUGUGUUCCCUGUUUCUCUUGCCUUCUGGGUUACGUUUUCAAAGGGCCUCUUGGGUUUACUAACUGGGUUGGCCUCAGAUUGCCUCCUCCCAGUCAUGAGGACAGGAGGGGACUUGCAGUUGGUUAGUAGAGACACUGAGCAGGACCAUCCCACCUAUGUUCUGAGGCUUUGGUUCCAUCUUACCUCAUUGCUUUAAAAGCAAGGACUGGCUUUAACACUUCAUUUGUGAUGUAAAAGUAAACAGACCAAUAUUUUAUCUGUGUAUUCUAUUUUUUUUCUAUUUAUGAUGAAAAAAAAAUUGUUUGCUUAUCAUUUAAAUCUUGCCUACCUCCCAAAAGGAUUUAAAACAGCUUGAAGAAGAAAGAAUAAACUAUUUUGGGCAUCUACCCUAUGCCAGACUCUAUACUGAGAGAUUUCUAUAGGUUACUUUAUUACUGCUUAAAACAACAAUGUGAAGUAAGUAAUAUUAGUCCUAUUUUAAGGAUGCAACUGAGGCUUGGAGAGUUAGUAUCAUAUUUCUAAGAAGUGAGAGGAGGGAUUCAAACUCAGGGUUCCAAAGCCCCUCACCAUUACCUGGGAAGCCUGAACACACAUUUGAAUAUAGAGCAAUAAAAAUAACAAGGAAUCUUUCCAGGUAAAGGGUUAUAUUGGAGUAAUCGUUAAUUAACUAAAGAAUAGUAGCAUUGGAACAGAGCAAUUAACAGUUUUUAUUUGUUGAUUUCUAUUUGAGAACAGUGAGAGGAGCUAUUGAAAAAUCUUCAGAUUUGCAGAUUAUGGUCUGCAUUAGAGAAAAAGUGAGAAUGCAGGCUGGAAGGGAUGUAAAUACCCACUAAGUAUAUAAUAGUCAGAUCACCCUCUCUCAUUUAGGCAGAUCCCUGUUAUUUAGGAGCAAGAAAGCUCACCCUAGAUGGUAGUGUUUUAAAAUAGAGAACUAAAUACUCUUUUAUCACCUGUGGUUUUCUGUCUGUGUCAAGAGAAUUGUUAGGGACAGUUGGAGAAUUCAAAUGUGACACCUACAGGUAAGGAACAGAGGCAGGUGGGCCAAGGAUUGCACAAAGGCCUUCCCUUCUUCCUGUCUCCUCCCCAGCCUUACUGCAUGCAUCCUAAAACACCCACUCAAACCUCUAGGUCAGCCCAGGCUUGUUUUAGUCUUUUCUGAAACCAAGUCUUUUACUUUUCCUGACCUACUUUCACAUUCUGUAUUCUAAACUCACAGACGUCAAAAAAGGCAUUAGAAUAGUAAAGGCCGCAAAUUGCAAGGCAGUCUUGCAGUAUAGCACAUCCCAUGAAUGUUAGAAUAAGACAUCCAUGUUCUGUCUGUAAUACUAACACAUGUUUGGUAUUUACAUAGCCUAUUUUAGUUCAUAAAGCACUCUCAACUCAGGUAAUUCUGUGAAUUAGUGUAAUAGUUCUCUCCAGAGGACCUUACCUGCAAGCGCUCUUGCUUAUGUUGCCCAAGAAAUCCUUAUAGUUGCUCUAGUUAUUUGAGGACUUGGGUACCCAGUCCAGAGCUCUGCUCUGCAGCGCACUACUGUGCUGUUCUUCCCAUCUCUUAUUCCUUUCCCUUCAUUCCCACUGCUGCUGAUCUGUUUUUCUUCAUCUUCUCUCCCUGGGCCACCAAAAUAAAUGUAAGACAAGCAACAGGAAUCUCAACUUGUGACUUCUGAAGGGCACUUGAAAAUGAUGGAUUUAACGUGUCACAUUUAUUCCCUUCCUUUUUCUUCAGAGAGCAAAGCCCACUGAGAGCAGGAGCCUUCUGUUCAUGCAGAGGGUGUAGGAUCUGUAGUAUGGAAUCUUGUGCAUAGUGCUCCAUGAAAACGUUGAGGGUUCCUAGUCUACUUCACUGAACAUUAGUUCUCAGACUAAUGAAAUAAUAGAGAUUCUUUUGUUAAAGCUAAGGGACCCUGUGUAUCAAUUCUGUCUUCUCUUCCCCUCCUUAGAGGAGUGGGAGGUAUGGGGGAGCUUUGUCUGCAUAAAUAAUCAGUAUUGUAGUUGCAUUAAAUUACUUGAUGUCUGAUCUUUGUAGAUAUUGAAAUUGAUUCAGAUGCUCAGUUGCGUGUGACUUGCAUUUGGAUUAUCCCCAUGUAAAACUGAACACUCCUUGUGAUGACUUGUGGUUCCAUCACUCUGGGAACCAUGAAAGUAUUCUGUUUUUCUCACAGUGCAAACAAUAAAUGUCUUUUCUUAUUUAUUAAUUUAUCCAGCACACAGAUUGCUGGACAAAUGAAUGAAUAAAUAAUACAACAUGGCAUCUGUCCUUCCAGAGACAGACUUAAACAGAAAGCGUGCUUAGCAUUCAGUAGUUCACCUUUUGGGGGCCAGACUCUGAUCUGGCUGCAGCACAUGCUGCCCUCAGCACCUCUCAGUCCAAUGAGUUUAACUGCAAAAGGAACAACUUUGAUGACCAAGUAUGCAUACAUUGCAUGCUGUGGUAUGGUGGGGAGCAAGUUCCUGGGGAGCAUAAUCUCCAGUGAUUGGAGAGGGCACUACAGGAAAACGAACUGAAAGAUGAGUGGAGGUAGCCAAAGGGAGAGGCUGAGUGAGCUGUGUCAGGAAGGCCCGGUGAGGGCAUGGCAGAGACACUGAAUAGUCAUUCCAGCUGUGGCCUUCAGUGGGGGUGGCGGUCAAGGAGAAAGGAGGUCAUCAGGCCAGGUCUAGAAGGGCCUUGAGCAUCAAGUUGCAAAGAGUUUCAGUUCUAUCCUAAGGACACGACAAAGCCAUUGGCAGGUUUUGUGUGUUUAGAAAGCUCACUGCUUUUACUUCACCAUAUCUCAGUGGAGCUAAUGUGGGUGAGCUUCCUGCCUAUGUAGUCUCUCCCAAAAACUAAAGAUAAAUGUGUCGCUUUCAGAGGCAGACAUAAAAGCUAGAGAAAUAAGUACAAGUUGAUUCCACCAUGGGCUUAGGGGAUGUUAUUACCAAGAAAAGUUUUCUAGGCUUCUAAUACCUGUGCUGCGACCAGGAAAUAGGACUACGAUAUUAGGAGGUAUGGAGGCUGUAGAAUUGAGCAUUUCAGAGCUACUUCUCCAUGAAAAUCUGUCUGCUGGCCCGAAAAGUGCAAGGAAGUUAGAUCUCCAUAAGUUUGACUAGGACCAAAAUCACUUGAGGACAGAGGUCCAAACAGUACACUAAGUGCAUGAUUCAGGAAUACCCUGAUAAAUUUAACCUAAAGACUUAUCCAGGGUCAAUGAAACUUAGCAUUUUAGUAAAAGCAAAUCAAAUUCCAUUCAAGGGCUCAUUUUACAAUUUGAUGCUGUCAGAAAGAUAAAACAGAGCAUGUUUCCCUGUAAAACAUGGGAAUGAAGAAGAGAGAACGUGUUAGGAAUAAACAGGAAUAGGAGGAGCUGGAGAAUGUUCUAUUUAGAGGGAGCAGGCUUCAAGAAAGCAUGGAGGCCUGAAAGGGCACCCUGUUGUAGGUGGAUCAGUGCAUUCAGUAUAGGUAGGUGAUAAAGAAGAGUACAACGUAGGCUUGGAAAACAGAUUGGGGUUGACUAUCUCGUGCCCAGGAUUUCAAAACUAAUCUUACUAAGAACUUAUUAUUUUAAAUAUGAGCAAUAUAGUUAGAACUAUAACUUAGAUAUGAUUAACAGUAGAGUAUCAUUACUCUUCUAGACAUUUAGUACUCCAUUUGAUACUUAAGUGUACCCUAUUGGAUGAUUGCCACAAUUAUCUCUGGUAAAUGGAGAAGCCAGCAUAAAGAGAAUAAGAACUUGACCAUAGUUCCAACUUUGUCCCAGUAGACAAAGUACAGUAGAGCCAGGAUCCAAACCAUAGCUGACUGAUUCCAGGGCCCUGGCUCUUAACCUUAUACACCUUCCUCAGUGUUUCUCAACCAUGGAUGCACAGUAGAACUACAUAUGGCAUUGCUUAAUUACAGUUGUCUAGGUUGAAUCAGAAUGUCCAAAAGAGUGAUGUGUGAUACUGUACCCUUUUGCAAAAACUCCUCCUGUAAUUCUUUUGCAUUGUGCUUGUAACUGCCUACUGUAGGGACCCCAGUAAGGAGAUCAUGGCAGUGGUCCCAAAGAGAAAUGAUGAGGGCCCAGAAUAAAGCUGUCUGCAGGAAGGGAAGAGGAAGAAACACAGAGGCUUAAGUGAUAGAGUUGGUUUAAUGAGCGUUAAGCACCGAGGAAGAAUCAGGUCCCUUGGGAGAAACUCCUCGAGGUGUCCAGGCUGAGAGUUGGGGGCAAUGCCAGUGUGAGCUCUAGAUGGUGUGAGACCGCCCCAGAGCCAGGAAAUGGCCACAGCCUUGGAGCCAGAGGACCAAGGGCUUUGGGAAGAAGAGGGCAUUUUCACGGUGAAACUGGAAGAUGAUUUCCCCUGUCGGCCAGAGUCUGUCUUGCAAAGGGACGACCCUGUGCUGGAGACAUCUCACCAGAACUUCCGCCGCUUCCGCUAUCAGGAAGCAGCGAGCCCGCGGGAAGCUCUCAUCAGACUCCGAGAACUUUGUCAUCAGUGGCUGAGGCCAGAGAGGCGGACGAAGGAGCAGAUCCUGGAGCUGCUCGUGCUGGAGCAGUUCCUUACCGUCCUGCCUGGAGAACUGCAGAGCUGGGUGCGGGGCCAACGGCCAGAAAGCGGCGAGGAGGCGGUGACGCUGGUGGAGGGUUUGCAGAAACAGCCCAGGAGACCAAGGCGGUGGGUGACCGUCCAUGUUCACGGCCAGGAAGUUCUAUCAGAGGAGACAGUGCAUCCAGGGACAGAGGCCGGGUCCCCCAGUGAGCUGCAGGAUCCUGCGCAGACCUCGACCCCUGAGCAGUCCCAGGAGGAAACCACACCAAGCCCAGAUCUGGAGGCAGUGGAGGAGCAGAGCCCGUGUCGUGAAGAGGAGCUGCAGCCUCCUGAGACAGAAGUUCCCGUGCCCCAGGACCCAGAACUGCCUGCAGAGAGGAGCUCCAGAGACCCCGAGAUGGUUGCCCUUCUCACUGCUCUGUCCCAGGGACUGGUGACUUUCAAGGAUGUGGCCGUUUGCUUCUCCCAGGACCAGUGGAGUGAUCUGGAUCCAACACAGAAAGAGUUCUAUGGAGAAUACGUCUUGGAAGAAGACUGUGGAAUUGUGGUCUCCUUGUCAUUUCCAAUCCCCAGACUAGAGGAGAUCCCCCAGGAGAGAGAGGAGGAACCUCAGGUCCUAGAUGUUCCAGAGCCACCUCAAGAGCCCGACGAGCCAGAAAUCCUGAGUUUUAUCUACACAGGAGACAGGAGCGAAGACGAAGAAGAGUAUUUUGAACAAGAAGAUCUGAGUUUGGAGGAUAUGCACAGGUCCAUUUUGGAAGAUCCAGAAAUCCACCAGACCCCAGAUUGGGAAGUAGUGUUUGACAAUAGUCCAGGCAGACUUAAUGAAAGAAGAUUUGGCACAAAUAUUUCUCCAGUUAAUAGUUUCAUCAAUCUUCCAGAAGCUAUGGCCAUCCACCCCCUGUUAGGGAGACACCAUGACUGUCCUGUUUGUGGAAAGAGCUUCACUUGUAACUCCCACCUGGUGAGACACCUGAGGACUCACACAGGAGAGAAACCCUACAAGUGCAUGGAAUGUGGGAAAAGUUACACGCGGAGCUCACAUCUUGCCAGGCACCAGAAGGUCCACAAGAUGAGCACUCCUUAUAAGUACCCCCUAAACCGGAAGACUCUGGAUGAAGCGCCCCCCCUGAUUCAGGCCGAGAGAACACCACCCGUGGAGAAACCCUACAGGUGCAACGACUGUGGGAAGCACUUCCGCUGGACUUCAGACCUGGUCAGGCAUCAGAGGACACAUACAGGAGAAAAACCCUUCUUCUGUACCAUCUGUGGCAAAAGCUUCAGCCAGAAAUCCGUGCUAACAACACACCAAAGAAUCCACCUUGGGGGCAAGCCCUACCUGUGUGGAGAGUGUGGCGAGGACUUCAGUGACCACAGGCGCUAUCUGGCGCACCGGAAGACGCAUGCAGCCGAGGAGCUGUACCUGUGCAGCGAGUGUGGGCGCUGCUUCAACCACAGCGCUGCGUUUGCCAAGCACCUGCGAGGGCAUGCCGCGGUGAGGCCCUGCCGGUGCAACGAGUGUGGGAAAAGCUUCAGCCGGAGGGACCACCUUGUCCGGCAUCAGCGCACACACACCGGAGAGAAGCCGUUCACAUGCCCAACCUGUGGGAAGAGCUUCAGCAGAGGGUAUCACUUAAUAAGGCAUCAGAGGACCCACUCAGAAAAGACCUCCUAGCAUAGCCUCCAGGUGAGGAGACCUGCAUUCAACCCUUACCCAAGGGUGGGCUAGGCGAAGCCCUCUGGUCAGCCGGGAAGGCCUUUUCUCGGGAGUCGCCCCUAGCGGCCCAGACCUUACCAUAAAAGUCGCAGGCAGAACCUCAGUUCUCUCAACCUGCUUCUAUGCAUGGAGGAGUUGCGAUUUCUCCUUGACUGAAGUGCCCCUGCUUCUACCUGAUGCGGGUAAAGUAGGGAGAACCAGAAGACUUAAGAGGUUGUGGUUACUGUUCCAAAAACUAACCUGUUACACAUCCUGAAGACUUCUUGACAGCCUCAAGUUGAAAGUGGCCAAGGACAAGUACUUGGAUUUGGUAAGGGACCAGCCUGAAGGAUUCUGUCCUCACUGGGCUCAAACCUUAAAGCACACAGCCCUGAACUCAAGACAGGAGAUUUGCGUCCUGAGACCUUUGCCACAUACUUGCAGGAUAACUGUACAAAUCCCUCCCUGUCUGAUUCACUUCCUCACCACGCACUUUCCUUUGAUGCUGGGGAGAAAUGGGAGAAGUGAUUGGUGGGCAAGAAUCUCAAGGCUGCUUAACAGGAACCUUGUCCAGCUGCUGCCUUCCCUAUUGUCAACAUGAGACAGGUGCCAGACACUGCUAGAGAGGAGGGCCUACUCGGGCACCUCUUCCCUUGUGGGUUUUUUUUUCCUGUCCCAAUACUCAUGCCUUUAGCCUUCCUGCUAUCCAGCCAGUCUCUUGGUUUUGUCCCUAGCACUUCUACAAGGGAUACGUAGCAUUUGAGUGCUGAGGGAUUCGGUAAAGCAUUAAUGAAGUCAUAGUGAAAUUAUUUACAUUCCCACAUAUGUACAAGCCCACCCACCCCUCCUCACCCUCUACAUACAGGUGGUGUGAGGGGAUUUGGGGACAGUAUCAGCUUGCAGAGGCACUACAUGAUUAUAGAAUCAUGAUUGAUUAGGUGACUUCAUUUACAUGAAACUGAAGAUCUGAGAUCAAACGAUAGCAAAAUAAGAAAAAGCUAUUGCUGCUGGCGAACACCAUCAAGACUGUUCUCCUGGCACCCAGUUCCCACCAUCCCUGCCUCAGUUCUCCAACAUCAGGAAAAACCAUGAACCAACCCCAGCACCUGGGACCCUGAAGAAUUUACCAGGAGUAAAUGGCUUUCAUGUAUUUUUGUCGUUUGCUUUUUCUUAUGUGAUUUCAUUUUCAUGUAACUAAGAACUGAGUGAUAUUAUCUCACGAUGGCCCAAGGAUCUCUGUAGCCUGAUAAAGCCCCACAGAGAUGAGGCUGAGAGAUUAUGAACCUCACCUGCUCUGAUUGUGGGAGUGGCAAGGACCGGGGACACAUCCUCCAGAAAUGGGGCACAGGGUAUGGGAUUAAAGCAUGAGAAGGGAA